AUGGCCAACAGGCACCGCAUCCAGGCCCCGCUCCCUGACGGGCAGCACGUGCGGCUGCGCAGCCGCCAUCUAGACUCGUACCUCCACGCCUCCACCGACGGGGUGGGAGCCUGCCUCCACCGGAACCCGGCGUCGAUGAACGCCGCGUGGGUCGUGCACAGGCCCCCCGGCGAGCACGUGCUCGUGCUCCUGCAGAGCGCCGCCUACGGCCGCUACCUCGCCGCCACAGACUCGCCGGCGCCGCGGGGCCAGCACGGCUUCCGCACCGUGCAGGUCAAGUACUACGACUACCAGGCGGACCACGCCAUCUUGUGGGAGCUCAUCACCCACGACAACUACGUGCAGCUCCGCAACGCCGGCGGCGGCGGCCAGGGCACGCGCCACCUCCGCGCCAACGGGAGGUACUUCCACUUCAACGCCGGCCGCACGCGGUACCUCCCCAGAUACACGGGAGUCACCGUCGAAGACCGCGGCACGACGGCUCACUGGAAUUGGGCCGUCGAGACCAUCCCGCCCUGCCAGGCGUAUCCUGGCAUUCCAGGCCCGAUCAAUGAACCCGUCCCAGGAAACUUCGCCGCCAUCUUUCUCGGGCUCCAGCGGCCGCCGUGGAGGCUAAUCCGGUUCGUGCAGGCAGCCGAGGACGGGAGCUACGUCCAACAGGCGAACGGCUGGAACGCGUUCGAUUUCACCGGGAACUCCAUCUUCCGCCUGAGGAAAGAGGUGGCCGAAAUUCUGCAAGCCGUCGACAACAACAUCGUCAUGUGCGUCCGAGCGGGCCGCUUCGGGCGGCUCGCGCCGAUGCUCGUCGACAUGCCUCACGAUGGCGACGGCGACACCGUCUACAUCGUCGUCUUCACCAUUGGGACGCCAGGCGAAGCUGCGCUGCGCUACCCGGAUAUCAACGGGUAGUCGAUGAGAUCAGAGCAGAACUCCUGACAGCCGCCUCACAGUUCACCUCUUCAGAAGUGUCGCCGCCUCUGACACGACAACAUGAGAAUUCAGAACUUUGGUGUAGAUAUAUAGGUUCAGAAAAACUCAACAGCUCUUGUGUUUCUGCU